AUGAAGGUCCUCAGUCUCAACUUUCUUACCUGCGCUGCCAAGGCUUGCAAGUCCUCCUCGGACUCAUAUCCUCUUCACCCUAAGGAUGCUGAGCUUGUCCAGGACGAUAUUGAGGUGAACCCCGAUAUGAUCCUCAACGUGCUGCCCCGUCUCGACUGGAAGGCGCUUCGCACAACCGCCUCAGAGCUCUCUGACAUUUGGGCGUUACAGCUAGGUUUCCCUCAACUCCCUGAGCAGGCUCCUACAGCGCUUGAGCUCCAGGCGGACGAGAAGACACUCAAGGAUCUCCACCACCUUCUUCUCGAGACUCAAAUGUCUGAGGGAAAGCUCGUUUGUGGCAGCUGCGGGCAUGAGUACGCUGUCAAGGAGGGCAUCGCCAACUUCCUGCUGCCUAGUCACUUGGUGUAA